AUGACCGACGACGACGAUGAGCCACGCCCUUCGACGAGUCAGGAGUUUAGCAGCGUUGUCGAGAAAUUGAAACAACUCUCAAAUCGAAACAACACCAAUCGGAAGCGUGGCACGUUCGACAUCGAUGCGUUAUGGCGAAAAAAAUUCAAAAACGAAUUGCCACCGACGACGACAACGAAUGGGCAUCAUGUAAAAUUAAAACCCGACGACGACGACGUCGACGUCGAAGAGUUGACGAAGAGGAAGAAGAAGACGAAAGACACCAUAAUGAGCGAUGAGUCAACGCAGCGAGCGCAGACGGCUUCCGUUGUCGCUCGAGCAUCGUCGUACGAGACAUCGCCGAGAGACGGUGAUGGUGCCAGGUUCUCCCUCUUAUUCAUAAUCGCCUUUUGGCCUCAUUUGGUCGGAUGGCUUCCUUACACCUGCCGUCUCCCGAAUAAUGGGCGGGGCUUUACCACCACCGCCACCAUCCAUCUACUGGUGCAGCCACCAGCUCAUUCGGCCUCCUCCCUUCUUCCGCCAGCCCACACCCACACCAGCGCGCAACUCCAACCGAUAAUGGUGCUUCUCGAUAUUCCGCGCAAUCGGCGCUUCAUCAACGCCAAUGAAAUCGAUUUGAGUCUCGACAGCGAGGAAGACGUCGAUGAUGAAAUGGAAACCCUCCAGCCAAGCGGCACAACAACGAUAACCGUUGCGCCGUCAACACCGCGUACCUCGAAUCAAUACGAAUUUCCGGCGCUCGAAUAUCCAAGGUGA